AUGUCGAGUUCGCGCGCCGCCUCGGCGGCGAUUCGUCGGCUGACGAUCGAGUACAAGCAGCUGACGAGCGAUCCCAACACGCUGUUCCCUGCAGUGGGGCCGAUCUCCGAAGACAACUACCUCGAGUGGGAGGCACUGCUGCCCGGCCCCGACGACACGCCGUUUGAGGGCGGCGUGUUUAGCGCGCGCUUGUCGUUCCGUACGUGCCAUGUGCUCACCACGCAGCGCCGACAUACCCGUUGGAACCCCCGAAAAUGCGCUUCGACCCGCCGAUCUUCCACCCGAACGUACGUGCGCCGUGCUGACGCAGUGUAUGAGUCGUCCUCGGAGCGGUGGUCGCCCGUGCAGUCGAUUGAAAAGAUUCUCCUCUCGGUCCUCAGCAUGCUGGCCGAGCCGAACGUCGAGAGUGGCGCCAACAUUGAUGCCUGCAAACUGUACCGCGACGACCGUGCCGCGUACGAGCAGACGAUCCGCGACCAGGUGCAGGCGCAGCUUGGCUUGUGA